CUGACGAACGGAGAUAUACUAUGGGUGCCCGUCCGAGCACCGAGGCCGAAAGGGAGCCGCUUCUCACCCCCUCUCAUGCGGAGACAAACAGUAACCCAGUGAACAGCAGGGUGUACGGCAGAAGAUGGCUGGUUCUGACCCUGUUCUCCCUGCUGGGACUGAUGCAGGGGAUGGUGUGGAACUUCUGGGGUCCCAUCCAGAACUCGGCCGUUCGCGCCUACGGAUUCGCCAAGGCCGACAUCGCGGUUCUGGUGCUGUGGGGCCCGGUGGGUUUCGUCCCCUGGCUGCUGUUUAUGUGGUUAAUGGACAAGAAAGGUCUGCGGGCGUCCCUCCUCCUCUCUGGAUUCCUCAUGCUGCUGGGUGCAGUUCUAAGGAGCAUCCCACUGACAGACGAGCAUCUCAGACGAUGGUUUAUACACGGAGGUCAGUUUCUGAACGGCUUAGCCGGCCCAACAGUAAUGAGCGCUGGACCCUACCUCUCCACAACAUGGUUCGCCCCUGACCAGAGAGCCACCGCAACAGCUGUGGCCUCACUCUUCUGCUACCUGGGAUCCGCUGCUUCCUUUCUAGUCGGACCUCUGGUUGUGCCGGCUCCCAAUGACACCCUGACAGGAACCACUAUGACAGCAGCGGUUUCUGACAACUCCAUCCGGGACAGGAUCCAGCUGGUUAUGUAUGCAGAGCUGGCUGUAAUUGCUGUGCUUUUUGCGGCGGUCCUGCUCUACUUCCCGUCACGCCCACCGAUGCCUCCCAGCGUGGCCGCUGCAAGCCAGAGGCUCAGUUACAGAAGCAGCAUCUGCAGACUUCUGAGUAACCUGCGGUUCCUGAUGAUAGCUCUGGCCUACGCAGUGCCCACAGGAGUGAUUGCCGGCUGGGCCGGGGUCCUCGACAUGGUCCUUACACCUGCCAAAGUCAGCCAGGUUGAUGCAGGGUGGAUUGGUUUCUGGUCAACUGUUGGUGGAUGCGUUUUUGGAGUAGCGAUGGCCAGGUUUGCAGACUCUAUUCGGGGGAUGCUGAAGCUGAUCCUGGUGCUGAUGCUGGCAGGAGCCUCACUGUCCUCUACCUGGUUCACACUAACCUGUCUGAGCAGAGUCACUCACCUUCCUGCCACAGCAGCCAUCCUGUACACGUCCUGCAUCCUGGUGGGCAUUUUCAUCAACAGCAGUGUGCCAAUAUUCUUCGAGCUCCUCAUCGAAACAGUCUACCCUGUCCCUGAAGGCAUCACCUGUGGAGUGGUAACUUUCCUGGGGAACCUGGUUACUGGCUUGCUCCUCUUCUUCCUCACCUUUUACUGCACAGAGCUGUCCUGGUUGAACUGGUGUCUCACCGGCUCCUGUCUCUUCAGCCUCGUCCUCAUCCUCUUCUUCAGGGAGUCGUACGACCGCCUCUACCUGGACGUCUUUGUCUCCGUGUGACACCCCCGAGGGAAAAAAAAACCGUGACCACUAAAGGAUAAAGGACUGAAUAAUCAUUCUUGCACAACCACGAGGAGAAAAGGGAGCCGAAGGAGAAGUGGAGACCCACUCUCUUCUUUAGAUGUAAAUGUAUAUAUUGAUAACCAUGGUGAUGGACGGCUGAAGAAAAAAGAACUGGCUCUCCACCAAUGUUUACUCUUACGUGAUGGACUGAAUGCCAUAUGACUGUUGAACACAUCGUCAGCUGUUUUUAUAUGUCAGCCUCUGUCUGUAUGUUAACGGUUUAAUUGUCUGAACCAGGCUCGGCACGACGGACUGUUAGUAGUUACAGUUUACAGGUUAUGUAAUAUUUAAAGCUGUUCUCAGUGUCGUCCUCCCCCCCGUGACUUGAAACUGACUCAAAGCCUUGUAUGCAGUGCUGACUCCAGAUCAGCAUAACAAGGAAGUAAAGAGUGAUAAGAGGACAGCUCCUUCAGCCAAUCAGCAGGCCUGGCUGUGCUGAGUCGAGUUAAACGAGUGACCUCCUGGUGUGUCAGUGCUGCUUCAAACUGCCAGGUACGACUCGCUGGAGAGGCUUAACUGGCCGACUCUGUACAGUGACCUGUGACGCUGCCUGUCAUCAAAAGGCAGGUACUUAGAUUCUGUUUUAUCGCCCUCUCAUGAUGGAUAUUAUGCAAAAAGGAUCUCAAAGAUUUAUGAGACGUGGGCCGGGAUUGGAUAAACCGGCGCUUUGAACUGUUCCUGUGGAAGACGCUGAGUCAUCUGAACUGUGACGCUUUCACAUUUCAGAGGUUAUUCACUCUAUUUAUGGUUAAUUGUGUCCGUUUCUGGGAUAUUUGCUUUUUAAUCUAACUCAAUAAUGUUGCUUUGCGUUCUAUUUUUAAUGCUUUCCUCAGCAGCCUGCCAGUAUUUAUUGGGCAUGUGUCAACACUAACACAGUUAACACCUAGUUUCAUUGAAACAGGAUGUUUUUGUGGCAGUUUCACCACAGCUGAGGCACUCUGAGGGAUAUUAUUUUAUCAGGCAUGAGGAUUUUGUUAGGAUUGCCAAGCUGCUCGUCCUCUAAAGCACCAGCAGGUGUCUCUGCGCCAAAUGAGAGUCGACUGGCAACAAAACCUGAAGGGAAACAGGAUAGGAAGUUGCCAUUUUUCUUGGAUUCCUUGACUGAUAAAACUGGAGCUGUGACAAAAACCAGCUCCAGAUCUGGAGGGACGUAACCACAAAGAGACACACGAAGACAAAUGCAAAAUAUCUGUGACUGAAAGACAUUUUUUCCUGUUUAACUUGUCCAUGACUUCUCUCUUUGUCUUCGUCCUGCACAGCAGCUAUUUGAAGUGUUUUAAUGUGUUCCUCUGGGGUUCAAGGAGGCUCUGUAAAGUGUUUCCUGGUGCUUGUUUUUUUAUUUUUUACUCUCCUUGUACAGAGAAGGUUGUCUUUUACCUUUCGACGUGUUGCCUUAAUUGCCCAGUGCAGUGUGUUCAGCCUCCCUCUCCUCCACACUGUGACUACUUUAUCUGUACAUUCUGUUGAAGGUCAUGUUCUCCUGCUCAACAGCACUCUGUGCUUUCCUGGGCUUCAAAUGUGACUCUUGAAUAUAUUUCCGGCACCUUAUUAACGGAGUAAACAUUUUAAGAAUAACACUGCUGUUGUUAAUGAGCUAAAGAGGGUUAUUAAAAUUGUUUGACAUCAA